UCCGAACAUACACAUCCUUAGCCACACUUCCGCCCAGUGCAAAACAAAAAAAAAUCCGAUGCUGGUAGAAUUAGCGCAGGAGAGGGAGAAAAAAAGGUUCUACGGGCGUGCCCUCGGGCUUUGGCGACUUUCUCGCGGGGCUCGCCGAGGGACUCCAAGUCCCGAGACACACCGGGGCGGAGGCGGCGUCAGAGUCACUCCUUGCCAUGAAAAGAAACGUCGAGCGGCCCAAGCAGGUGUGGGCACGCUAUGGCUUGAGCGUGCCCUUCUCUGUCCUCCCGCCUCGUCUUUCUGGGAGACACUCGCGGUCAGUGGCCCGGCCGGGGCCGCGUCCCGCCCCGCCGCCCGCCACUUCCGCCCGGCGCCCCGCCUCCCCGCCCCGCUGGGUCCUAGCACCGGCCUCGCUGCCGCCGCGUCCCGGGCUCCGUCGGAGAGAGGAGCCGGCGCCGGCGCCGCGGAGCCGGCCCGAGUCCCGCCAGAGAAGUCUUGCCCUCCAGGGCCAUGGAGGCAGAGGCGGCAGAGGCGGCUGAGGCGCGGUCUCCAACCCCUGGCUACAAGCGCGCAGGCCGGCGAUACAAGUGCCUGUCCUGCACCAAGACAUUUCCAAAUGCUCCCAGGGCAGCGCGCCAUGCUGCCACGCAUGGGCCUGCAGACGGUGCAGAGGAGGCUGCCGAGGUGAAGCCAAAGCCAGAGACAGAACCCAAGGCGGAGGAAGCCAGCGGGGACAAGGUGCCAGGCUCAGCGGCUAAGCCUCGGCCCUAUGCCUGCCCACUGUGCCCUAAAGCUUAUAAGACGGCCCCUGAGCUGCGCAGCCACGGGCGUAGCCAUACAGGCGAGAAGCCCUUCCCGUGCCCCGAGUGUGGCCGCCGCUUCAUGCAGCCCGUGUGCCUGCGGGUGCACCUGGCCUCACAUGCUGGCGAGCUGCCCUUCCGCUGUGCGCACUGCCCCAAGGCCUAUGGAGCACUCUCCAAGCUCAAGAUCCACCAGCGCGGCCACACGGGCGAGAGACCCUACACCUGCGCUGACUGCGGCAAGAGCUUCGCUGACCCCUCAGUGUUCCGCAAGCAUCGGCGCACACACGCCGGCCUGAGGCCCUACAGCUGUGAACGCUGUGGCAAAGCCUAUGCCGAGCUCAAGGACCUGCGCAACCACGAGAGGUCUCACACUGGUGAACGCCCGUUCCUGUGCUCUGAGUGCGGAAAGAGCUUCUCCCGCUCAUCCUCGCUCACCUGCCACCAGCGCAUCCAUGCGGCACAUAAGCCCUACCGCUGCCCGGCCUGCGGCAAGGGCUUCACACAGCUCAGUUCCUACCAGAGCCACGAGCGCACACACUCGGGGGAGAAGCCCUUCCUGUGCCCGCGCUGUGGCCGCAUGUUCUCCGACCCCUCGAGCUUCCGGCGCCACCAGCGAGCACACGAGGGCGUGAAGCCGUACCGCUGCGAGAAGUGCGGCAAGGACUUCCGGCAGCCUGCAGACCUCGCCAUGCACCGGCGUGUACACACCGGCGACCGGCCCUUUAAGUGCCUGCAGUGCGACAAGACAUUCGUGGCGUCUUGGGACCUCAAGCGGCACGCACUGGUGCACUCAGGCCAGCGGCCCUUCCGCUGCGAGGAGUGCGGGCGGGCCUUUGCCGAGCGCGCCAGCCUCACCAAGCACAGCCGCGUGCACUCCGGGGAGCGGCCCUUCCACUGUAACGCCUGUGGAAAGUCCUUUGUGGUGUCAUCGAGCCUGAGGAAGCACGAGCGGACCCAUCGCAGCAGCGAGGCGGCAGCAGCAGCAGCCCCACCACAACAGGAGCUGGUGGUGGGGCUGGCACUGCCUGUGGCCGUAGCGGGUGAGGGCCCCGCUGCCCCUGCCACAGCUGCAGGGCUAGGGGAGCCUCCGGCUGGGCUGCUAGAGCUGCCCCCGGAGUCAGGAGGUGUGAUGGCCACACAGUGGCAAGUGGUGGGCAUGACACUGGAGCAGGUGGGAUGCCCAGAUGGCGGAGUCGGGGAGGCCCCGGGUCCCUUGGGAGGGUCCUGCGAGGCAGGGGGUGAGGAGGCUGAGGAGAAGCCGCCGCAAUUCACAUGCCGUGAGUGCAAGGAGACCUUCGUGACGCUGACGCUGCUGCGACGGCACGAGCGCUCCCACCCAGAGCUGCGGCCCUUCCCCUGCAGCCAGUGCGGCAAGAGCUUCUCCGACCGGGCUGGGCUGCGCAAGCACAGCCGCACACACAGCUCCGUGCGCCCCUACACCUGCCCCCACUGCCCCAAGGCCUUCCUGAGUGCCAGUGACCUGCGUAAGCAUGAACGCACCCACCCUGUGCCCACUGAGACCCCUGCACCCUUAGAGCCCCUGGUGGCCUUGCUCGGAAUGCCUGAGGAAGGGCCAGCCUGAAGCGCAUGGACCUCUUUGUCUACCACACUCCCAAGAGCCCGGCCCCACUGGGUGCCUCCACUUUGUGCCCCCAGGCAGCCAGCCCGCCUGUGCCCCUAUGGAGGGAACUAGUGGAAGCUGGCAGCCACAGCGCUCUCCUGGCCACACUCAUUAAAGCUUUCUCUGGACACCUGCUAGUCUCCUGUAUUCCGGUUGAGGGUGAGCAGGUGGGAAAUUUGGGCAUCAGGUGAGUUUCUAAGAGAUGCCUGGACUGGCAGAAAGUACAUACAGUGUCUGGAGAAUGUCUUGCACAGGGGUUCCAUGGCCCAAGUGCAGGAGAUUACUUGUGUCCUUCUUGGGGACCCUGCAGUGAACAGACUGAUUUAGCUGUGCAUAGCCCAGUCUUAGCUGACCAUGGAAACCACUUGACUGAGUAGUUCUGCUCCUGUCCUUAUCCUGGUCGUGCACGCUGCCGCAAGAAACCAGAAAAUAUACUCCGAGGAAAACGUUCCCAGUCAGAACACAACUACGCAGGAAUACACCUUGUAAGAAAUGUGUGAAUUGUAUGUGAAAGAAAAUGGAAUAUCAGAGAUACCUUGCCUGAAAUAUAAGGGAGACAUACACCUGAGCUGGAAGAUAUGUCAGUUAAAGAUCCAGGACUCCAAGUCCAAAGUUCAUAUGCAAUGCAUAUUUUUAAAACCAGAUGUGAUGCUUCAUUUGAUAUCCUAUGUCCACAAACAUUUAUGCCUUGACAUGGAAACAGGAGUGUUACAAACCAACGAUGUGAGAGGGGUCUGAACAGCCCUGGAUACUUAUGAUAACUAUAGUCAUCUUCAUCCGUGGGACAGAAUAGACUUUUGAAAUAGCAUUGCCUGGAAAGCUACACAGCUAUCUUAAGUGAUUUUUCAAAGGUGACCCACAAAUGAAAAAAGCAAAACUGAGGCUCUCCACUUAGUGUGAAUUGGCACAGCUUCUUGGAAGGAUGACUUGAUGAUACGUUCCAUGUAGCAGCCUUUCGACAAAGCUGAAGCCAGAAUAAUGUCAAGUGCAGCAAACUUGGGGUGACAAAGAAAUAAUGUCCAUUAGGAAAGGACUGACUAAAACAGACCAGCCACUGUGAAGUGUACUCUGCAGAUGCUUCUUUUUUUAAUAAGGCCUAUCUCUAUUGAAAAUGUCAAAAAGAAAAAGAUGCCAACAAGGGACAAAGCUAUGUGGGUUAGUAAGCUCCCCUGGAACCAAAUCACUCAAGUUUUCAAGUUCCUAUGGGGUAUUUCUAGAAGAAUGUUCAAGAGCUGAACCUAGGCUAUAAUUGCUAUAAUUUUCCAACUACUUGGCUUUUGUCUAAGCCAAAACUAAGCCGAAGGUUAGAGGUCCAGAAUCUCUGUUCCUGUCAGACGUGGGAGCCACCAGCUUGGCUGUAGCAGGAAGUGUCCAACACGCAUCAACCUCCAGCCCCACACACCAG